CAUCUCAUGUACUAUGUCAACAGUCUCUGGUCAUCUCCUGUACUGUGUCUGCAGUCUCUGGUCAUCUCCUGUACUGUGUGUCCGCAGUCUCUGGUCAUCUCCUGUACUGUGUCCGCAGUCUCUGGUCAUCUCCUGUACUGUGUACGCAGUCUCUGGUUAUCUCCUUUACUGUCUGCAGUCACUGGUCUUCUGUACUAUGUCUGCAGUCUCUGGUCAUUCCCUGUGCUGUGUCCGCAGUCUCUGGUCAUUCCCUGUGCUGUGUCCGCAGUCUCUGGUCAUUCCCUGUGCUGUGUCCGCAGUCUCUGGUCAUUCCCUGUGCUGUGUCCGCAGUCUCUGGUCAUUCCCUGUGCUGUGUCCGCAGUCUCUGGUCAUUCCCUGUGCUGUGUCCGUAGUCUCUGGUCAUUCCCUGUGCUGUGUCCGCAGUCUCUGGUCAUCCCCUGUGCUGUGUCCGCAGUCUUUCUGCAU